GAUAACACUGUUGCUUAAAGUCAACGAUCAACGUUUCUGUGUAUUUCUCUCUCUUUUCUUGCAAUUUUGUUUUUGUUUAUUAAUAGGUUAUAAUGAUUGAAGCUUAAGACAAGGUUGCUCUUUUCAUGGGACUAACCGCAAACUCUCAACCACACCCCCAAAGGCUUCUUCUGAUUGCUUGGUUUCCCAUCUUUCUGUCAAAGUUUUGUUUAUGGAGAUGCACACUCUCUCUUUGUGUGUGAAUCUGCGAAGUGUGUUGGGGAUGGAGACAGUUGAUUAAGGUUAAGUUUAAGGUUUUUUUUUGGGUAUUUUUCGGUGUUCGAGGGAAGAGUUUUCUUGAGCAUCCUAUUUGCAAAUUGCAGAUGUAGAAAAAAUUUACAUCUUUUGUUGGGUUUUGAGUUCCAGAGAAAGAAUUUUUGGUGGGGUUGAGAGAUUUUGAUGAUUAAGGUUCUGGGUUUGAUAGUAGUGGAGAUGGGGUUGUUGUUGUAAGUUUAUUACUAUGUAGAGACAAUUACCAAUUGUUGAGAGAGAAAGUUGAGAUUUUUUCGGCGGAGAGAGAGAGAGAGAGUUGAAUUCUUUGUUUUUUGUUGGGUGAUUCAAUCAUUUUGCAUCUCUUAGCAUGGCUGUGGUGAGUCCUGCGCCUGCAACACAAAGGAUGGCUUCUGUGAGGUCACUUACUGAUGAUGGUGGAGAAAUAUUGGAGGAGCCUAAUCCUAUUGUGGUUGAUGAGUCAAUUUAUGUUACUGCGGUAAAAGAUGUGAAGGAAGGCAAAUCAAAUCUGAUAUGGGCAAUCCAGAACUCUGGUGGAAGGAGGAUUUGCAUCAUUUAUGUUCUUGUGCCUGCAACAAUGAUCCCCAUAUGUGCGUAUAUACUAUGUUUCCCUAUGUGUGUUUAUUGUUUGAUACCUUAAAUUGCUUGAUUCUUUUGUGUGAAAUUUUACACCAGCUAAACCGGCUCAACUUGAAGUCAAUGUUUGGUAUUUAUGUCCUUGAUGAUCAGUGUUUUAGAAGUUAGCAGUAGGAGCUAAAUUCCAUGUAAGUGCAUUAAAAGAGCAGCAGGUUCGAGGAUACCGGGAAUUUGAAAGGAAAGAAAUGCACGAGACUCUGGAUGAAUAUCUUCGUAUCUGUCACCGGAUGGGGGUGCGAGCAGAAAAACUGCAUAUUGAAAUGGAUAACAUCGAAAAAGGAAUUUUAGAACUUAUCUCCCAGCAUAACAUCCGAAGGCUUGUUAUGGGAGCAGCUUCUGAUAAGUACUAUAAAAGGAACAUGAUGGACCUCAGAUCUAAGAAAGCCAUCUAUGUGUCUGAACAUGCUCCAGCUUCUUGUCAUAUUCAGUUUAUCUGCAAAGGGCGCCUUAUAAAUACAAGGAAUCGCAGUUUGAAUGAAGGUAAUGUAGAGGUUGCAUCUCCUCUGGUGCAGCAAGUGCCGAGAUCUCAAUCCAUUACACUGGGGCAAAAUCAUGGGACAAAUCUAUCUAGUCCUGCUCAAGAUUUAUUUCGCAGAGUGAGGUCUGCCAAUGAUGGACAUAGAGCAAUCAUUUCGGCUGCUUCUUCUCCAGAAGAUUCUGAAGGGUUUUCAACUCCACGUGACAGGAUGGGUACAGAAGUAAGUUCUGAUGAAUCAGAUCGGCUUUCAAGGAUGAGUCCUUCAGGCUUAUCAACAUGCUCUGACAGCGCAGUUGAGUCGGCAUUGACCACAAGUUUGAUCACUGAAAGGAGUGAGAGUGUAAUAGACUUGACUUUGAGUCACCUGAUUAAAGAGGAUCUUCGACAUUCAUCUCCUCCUAGUGUACUGGAUGGUGUAAUGAAUGAUACUAUCUACGACCAGCUUGAACAGGCUAUGGCUGAGGCUGAGAAUGCUACACGAAAUGCAUAUCAAGAAACAAUUAGGCGUGGAAAAGCUGAAAAAGAUGCCUUUGAUGCUAUACGCAAGGCCAAAGCUUCUGAAAGCUUAUAUACAGAGGAGUUGAACCUGAGGAAAAUGGCAGAGGAAGAACUUAAAAAAGAAAAAGAAGAAGUUGAGAAUAUGAAGAGACAGAGAGAUAAGGUUAAGGAAGAACUCCAACUUGCCCUUGAUCAGAAGGCAUCACUAGAGAGUCAAAUUGCAUCAUCUGAACUUAUGAUAAAGGAGUUGGAGCAGAAGAUUAUAUCUGCUGUGGAUCUUUUACAGAGCUACAAGAAUGAACGAGAGGAAUUGCAGGUGCAGCGUGAUAAUGCAUUGAGAGAGGCUGAAGAGUUGAGAAAAUUACAAGGAGAGGCCUCAAGCACACAUGUGCCUCAACUGUUCUCAGAAUUCUCUUUUACGGAGAUUAAAGAAGCAACAAAUAACUUCAAUUCAUCCUUAAAGAUCGGAGAGGGAGGAUAUGGAAGUAUAUUUAAAGGUGUCCUACGUCACACUGAGGUGGCUAUAAAAAUGUUGCACUCCAACAGUAUGCAAGGACCCUCAGAGUUUCAGCAAGAGGUUGAUGUAUUGAGCAAGCUAAGGCAUCCCAAUCUUAUCACACUUAUAGGAGCCUGCCCUGAGUCCUGGACUCUUGUCUAUGAGUAUUUACCAAAUGGAAGCCUUGAAGACCGUCUUUCCUGCAAAGAUAACACCCCUCCAUUAUCAUGGCAAAUUCGAAUUCGCAUUUCUGCUGAACUAUGUUCUGCUCUCAUCUUUCUCCAUUCCAGUAAACCUCACAGCAUAGUGCACGGUGACUUAAAACCCUCCAACAUUCUCCUUGACGCAAAUCUUAUUAGCAAACUUAGUGACUUUGGAAUCUGCCGUAUAUUAUCUCAUUGCGAGAGUUCUAUUAAUAAUACUACACAGUUUUGGAGAACUGAUCCAAAGGGAACUUUUGCCUACAUGGAUCCUGAAUUCCUUGCCUCAGGGGAACUUACCCCAAAGUCAGAUGUUUAUUCAUUUGGAAUCAUAUUAUUAAGAUUGUUGACUGGGAGACCAGCCUUGGGAAUCACAAAGGAAGUGAAAUAUGCAUUAGAUAGUGGAAAGUUGAAAUCCCUAUUGGACCCUUUGGCUGGAGACUGGCCAUUUGUGCAGGCUGAACAGUUGGCUCGCUUGGCUUUGAGGUGUUGUGAGAUGAACAGAAAGAGCCGGCCGGAUCUAUAUUCAGAUGUCUGGAGGAUUCUUGAUGCGAUGAGGGCUUCUUCUGGAGGCACAAACUCCUUUGGACUAUGUUCUGAAGGCCUUCUCCAACCUCCUUCAUAUUUCAUUUGUCCAAUCUUCCAGGAAGUCAUGCGAGAACCGCAUGUAGCUGCAGAUGGUUUUACUUAUGAAGCUGAGGCCAUACGAGGAUGGCUUGAUAGCGGUCAUGACACUUCGCCAAUGACAAAUGGUAAGCUUGUACAUCACAAUCUUGUCCCUAACCGCGCUCUUCGCUCUGCAAUCCAGGACUGGCUUCAAAGUCACUGAUCAAGCCUUUUUUCUGUCCAUCUUGAUUGAACUGUAUAUCUACUGUUAAUAGCGUAUCUAAGAAAGAAAGUUGUCAUUACAUUUUAUUACCUUCCAUCAGUUUUGUUUCUUGUAGUUCUUUGAUCAGAUUUUAUUCCUAUCCUCUUGAAUAGUACAUAUAUAAGCACAUCACAUAUGUCAUAACAGUUUUUUUGUGUGAUUAUCUUUCAUUUCUGGUAAAUUUUAUGUUAUUAUCUCUAGCAUUAGGCAAUGUUUGAGUGCUGAGAAGAUUUAUACAAAUUUGAUGGCACCACCAAUGUAUAUAUUCAAUGAGAAUCUCAACAAGCCAGUAAUGUAGUUCUUUCCUGUGUUGUGACUUAUCUGAAGCAAAUAGCAACUAGUGUUUUUUCUUCUUUUGGGUCAACAGCAAGAAGAGUUUAAAUUGAGCUUAUUUGUGUGUACGAAAGUGACUCGUAAUCUGAUUAAUAAUUUUCUUUUGACUUUCAAUGAACUCCAUAGUGAAGUUUAUUAAAAACUCAGU